UUGUUUGUCCAGCGCAGACAUCAGGCAGCCCCUCUCAGGAAUGCUGUUAAAAAUAGCAGCAAACGAAGAAAGAGUAGGUGUGGAGGGUAUUUAAGAGGGGUGUAUCUGAGGUCAAACUGCUAGCAAACAGGCAGGGAAAGUGUUCCAGACCCCAGAUUCUCUAGAAUGAAGACUUUGGUGGAUUUGAGUGUUCUUUUGCUAUUGUCCUUUAAUGCGCUUGCAGAUGUCGUGGAGCGUUUUGAGGAUGUUCCAGAUUGCAUAGUAUUUUUCUAUAAAGAGAAAAUUCCAGACUUGGGGGCUUCCUCCCCUGUUGUUGCUCGUCUUUGUCAGCGGUUUGUCAACAGGUACCACUUUGCCACUCUGUACGACACCAGCCUUCGAAUCGCCGUCUACUCUGCUUAUCAGUUUGAGCCCAGCAAUGGAGGGGGCAGGGAGAAGAGGUGGUUUGUAGAGCCCCAGCUGGUGGACAAGUCCUGGCCAGGUGAGAUGGAGGAUGGCUAUUGGCUGGGACAAGACAACCCAGGCAUUUUUCUGGGGGAGAAACAAGCUCUGAAUGAAGAUUUCACUAAUUCUGGUUUUGAUCGUGGUCACCUCAAUCCCAACGGACACCAUCCAGUCCCCAGCCGCAACGCAACUUUCACCCUGACCAAUGUGGUUCCUCAGAACCCUACCAUGAACCAAAACGCCUGGAGGAUCCACGAGUCAGAGCUCACAGAUCUCUUCCUGUCCAAGUGCUCCAAGGCCUUUGUGUUGGUAGGAGCCAUUCCCUCUGUAGACAACUGGAUCAUUAAAAACAACGUGAAGCGAGUCAACAUCCCAGACUUUUUGUGGAAUGCCUACUGCUGCGUGGACAAUAAUGACAAGCCCAUAGAGAGCGGAGCCGCCAGAGCCAGAAACACAGAGGAGAACUGGGUGGAGAAACUCACUUUAGAAGAACUGAGGGAGUUUUUGCAGCAGUACUCCAGUGAUCCAGUUGGGGAGCUGUUUUACAACAACUGCAGUGUGUGAAGGAGGACAAAAAGAAAAUACUAGAGUGAAUCUGUUCCUGCUUUCAGGUUUGCGCUUCAACAUAGGUUGAGGCUGGAGCAAUAAAAUAAAAAACACCAAUGACUUUUCA